CACAGCUAGCAGUGCAGUCACAGUAACAACAUAAGAAACUUAACCAAACUAUAUCCAAUCAGAUGAUGUAGGGGACCUGUUGACCCCUCCCAUCACAUAAACACAUGAUGAUUUUUGAACUUCUCUCACAACUUUCCUCCUGAUCCAUACUGUCUGCUGCUGCUAUGUGCAUGUAUGAGAGAUUUGGGUUUUGUGUUGAGAAGAUGAUCGCAAUGCUGGUGCUUCUGAUCUUAAAACCAGGAACUGUGAGUGCUGGUUGGCCAGUAACUUUUGAAAACCCAGAUGUUUGUGCUGUAAAGGGAUCAUCGGUGAGGCUUAGCUGCUCAUACAACUACACAGAUGGGGAAACUGUUGAAAACACUGCAUGGUACAAAGGGGAAUUAAAAGAUGGCAUCUGGAAACGUAUUGCACUCUCAGACCUUUCUUCAUAUGUAAAUCGUUCUGAAUAUAUUGGUGACCUGCAGCACGACUGUAGCUUGGCAAUUCAUGACCUGCGGGACAAUGACACCGGACAUUAUUACUUCAGGUUUGAUACAGAAAAGUAUGGAAGGCGGAGUAAAACAUCAGUUUUUCUGACUAUCACAGAGCUGAGAGCCAGAGUGUACCCUGACCGUGUGAGGGCAGGAGACAAAGUGACUCUUGAAUGUAGAACAGACUGCAAACGUAUCAACACGGUUUGGUUUAAAGAUGGAUUUUCAGUAGCCAAACCAGUGUUCCAAGCUCAAACACAGGAUGCUGGGAAUUAUUUGUGUGCUGUCGAAGGACAGGAGUCACUACAAUUUGCCCCUGUGUCUCUGGAUGUCCAGUAUCGUCCAGAGAAUAUUUCCAUUUUAAUGGACCCGCCACAUGUUGUUGAGGGCAGCAGUGUGAAUCUGACCUGCAGCAGUGUUGCUAACCCUGCAGCCGACAACUACACCUGGUACAGAAGCAAUGUUUCCAGCUCCAUGCUCCAGGUGGGAUCAGGACAGGUGCUGUCUCUCUCCUCUGUGGACGCGUCCCACACUGGACUCUACCUCUGCAUGGCCAGGAACCAGGUGGGGGAAAACAACUCAACUGAGGUUCUGCUGACAGUCGAUGAUAGAGAUAAAAUGCCUCUACUAACAGUUCACCACAUCAUCCUCUUUGUUGGUAUUGGAGUCAAAGUCUUUCUUGUCCUGUUGCUUCCUCUGGUCAUUAUCUGGGCAUGGAGGCAGAGACGUAAUUCUCCUGUGGAAAAAGAGGAGAGCAGCAAUGAUUAUGAAAACAUGAGCAUUGGCUAAACAGGUCAACAAAAACUGGGUUACAAAGAAGGAAGUGUCUAUUGACUGCCUCCGCCUCAGCCUGAUGACAUUUCAUUACACUUGAUACAUACCAAGAAUGUAAGUGACUUGUUUGCUGCCUGGAGGUCUACCAAAAAAGUCAAAAGUUGCCCAGCGAGUUUGCCGACAUGAAAAAUGCAGGAACAUCUCUCUUUAAUUCUCAACUCCUGUCUGUGUAAAUGUGUUCUCAUGCCACUGGACACAGGAGGGUUAGGAAUUGUAACAUUAUCAAAAAAUAUAUAAUAUAUACUAUAUUAAGUAAAUUAAAUAUCUGCAACCUUACCCAGAAUGUUACUAAGUUAAGCUAUUGAAUGUCCAUACUGGUGCAACAGACGUGGUCAAACCAGGAUAUGCUGCCCUCUGGAGCUUAAAAUACGAAUGUACAUUGUGUUCUGGUGAACUUGUAAAUGCUUUUUGACCUUCAGUCUCUUAAGUUAUUGGUAUAAUUUAAUAUAUUAACUAAAGCCAUAGCUUUGUUGCGGCUUGAAGUUUAAAAUUCAAUCUUGUAAUAAUGAGUGUUCAGUGCAUUUCAGGUGUGUUUGCAUUACACUGUAAACUGAUCAACAUAUGCCUCAUAUAUCAGUGAUUGCUAUUCAGUAAUCUCAUUGUGUACCUUCUUGUUAAAACUGCUGACCUAUAAACUGCUGAUCUAUAAACACAUUUCACACCUGGAUAUAUAAAAACAAGCAUCUCAAAUUGCUGUAAAACAGUAUAGAUUUUUUUAUAAGCUAUUGUCAUGCCGUCUUGAUAAGCAACAUCAAAAACACAGAAGAAUAUGUUAUUUUACAUGUUUUACUAUAGAAUAAACUCUUUGUCUUGUUUCCAAUGGAUUUUUUGAGCAAUAAUUCUUGGAAAAUGGAAAAUACAAAAAGAUUUUCAUUAAAUCUAAGAUUUCAGA